UUUCCCCCUGCCUUCCCCCCUCCCCAUUUUCUUCCCCACCAUCCAUAUUCUUUAUAAGUAAUCACAAAAGGUUUCUGGAAAACAGAUAAGUGAAUUGAAUACAAAAGUAACAUUUAUCCUAACGCUUAUGCUGAAUUGCAGUGUGUUUAGAGGCAAGUCCUCAGGUAACCCUCUGUGUGUGUGUGUGUGUGUGUGUGUGUGUGUGUGUGUGUGUGUGUAAUAAUUGGUUCUCCAAGGCAGAGUUCAGAGGCAGACACCCUUUGUGUGUAGGGUAGUCAGGGUUAACUUCCUGGAAGAGUGGGAUUUUAAGAAUAGGUGCAGUUUGGAUCAGCCACAAUGACUGUCAGGUUCUGUGGAACUUAGAAUCUAAAAUUUCUGGCAGUCAUCAUAGCCCCACCACAGCAGGCCUGAUCCGGGACAGGGAAGAUUGCUUAGAAGCCUGCAGUGGGUGGGAGCCUGGUGACUCCCUUUCCAAACCCUCAUCACAGAAAGCAGAACUGGUGGACCACCCUGUUCGGAACCAGAGGCUGAGGCUGGCAGAAAGGAUUGAUUAGCCCAAGGCCACACUGCCAGCCUGGGACCAAGGCCCAUAAUUGCCAGUUACCACUCUUUCUUAUACUCACUAGCCUGGGGCAGUGGCCAGCAGUUCUUACAUUGCUCCUUUUUCCUGUGUAAUAACUUCCUUAGGCCCAGCCCAGCAAACACUAUGAUAGCAUUCUGCCAAACCUUUGUGGCCAAAGACAGAAAGAGUGCUGUUAUGAGGAACAGCCUAGCAUUUGCUUUAGUUACGCACAUUCAUAGCUGCCCUUGCCAGAGGACAAAGUGGAAGUUAACCAGAAGGCAGGGAUCAACCCCAGGUGUGGUGGCACAUGCCUAUAAUCCCAGCUUUUGGGAGGCAGAGGCUCAAGGAUAGGGAGUUCUUGGCUGGCCUAGGUUACAUAGCAAGUCUGUCUCAAAAAAACAAAACCUAAACUACUAUCUUCAGAAAGAUAGUCUCAUCACUGUCACAUCCUCUCCUUGCUGAAGUCAGUUUCCUGACUGCAUGUACUCGCCCUGCACACUGUCCCCCCUCCCUCCCAUGAAGAUCAGAUGUGAAGAUCAAUGGAGAGCAGAGCGAUCAAUAAUGGAGGAGGAUGCUGGCACAUGUGUCCUGGUCCCUGAUCCCCUUCUGUGGGCCUACUGAAUCUUCUGUCUUCCUGAGACAUCAACGGAGCUCUUCAAACCUACAGGGGUCCUUGGUGAAUCCUAUCAUGGUUAUUUAAGGAACCUUGCCUAGAAGUCUCCACACAAGCGCAGUUCCCCAUCGCCGGGAAGGCGUGGACUCCAAGAUGAUUAUAAAGGAAUACCGGAUUCCCCUGCCGAUGACUGUGGAGGAGUACCGCAUCGCCCAGCUCUACAUGAUACAGAAGAAGAGCCGUAAUGAGACACAUGGCGAAGGCAGUGGUGUGGAGAUCCUGGAAAACCGGCCCUACACAGAUGGUCCUGGCGGCUCUGGGCAGUACACACACAAGGUGUACCAUGUGGGCAUGCACAUCCCCAGCUGGUUCCGCUCCAUCUUGCCCAAGGCAGCCCUGCGGGUGGUGGAGGAAUCCUGGAACGCCUACCCUUACACCAGAACCAGGUUCACCUGCCCCUUCGUGGAGAAGUUCUCCAUUGACAUUGAAACUUUUUAUAAGACUGACGCUGGGGAAAAUCCUGAUGUGUUCAGCCUGUCCCCUGUGGAAAAGAACCAGCUGAUAACAGACUUCAUCGACAUUGUCAAGGACCCUGUUCCCCCCAAUGAGUAUAAGACCGAGGAAGAUCCCAAGCUGUUCCAGUCAGCCAAGACCCAUAGGGGCCCAUUGUCCGACAACUGGAUUGAGGAGUACAAGAAGCGCCUCCUCCCUGUCAUGUGUGCCUACAAGCUCUGCAAGGUGGAGUUCCGCUACUGGGGCAUGCAGUCCAAGAUCGAGAGGUUCAUCCAUGACACAGGCUUGCGGCGGGUGAUGGUGCGGGCCCACCGGCAGGCCUGGUGCUGGCAGGACGAGUGGUAUGGGCUGAGCAUGGAAAACAUCCGUGAGCUGGAGAGGGAGGCACAGCUCAUGCUGUCCCGCAAGAUGGCCCAGUACACCGAUGAUGAGGGAGCUGUGGAGCUUGCCAAGGACCACACUACCCAGGACCAGGCAUCCGGGGUGCAGCCUGAGCCCAGCAACAGCAAUGGGGAGCCCCUGGUGGGGAGGGGCCUCAAGAAGCAGUGGUCUACAUCCUCCAAGUCUUCACGGUCAUCCAAGAGAGGAGCCAGCCCUUCCCGCCACAGCAUCUCAGAGUGGAGGAUGCAGAGCAUUGCUAGGGACUCAGAUGAAAGCUCAGAUGAUGAGUUCUUCGAUGCUCAUGAGGACCUGUCUGACUCGGAGGAGAUGUUCCCCAAGGAUAUCACCAAGUGGAGCUCCAACGAUCUCGUGGACAAAGUGGAGAGCCCAGAGCCAGAGGACACACAGGACAGUCUGUACCGCCAGAGUGGCCCUGAGUUCAGGGUGGCCUCCAGUGUGGAGCAGCUGAACAUCAUUGAGGAUGAGGUGAGCCAGCCACUGGCCAUACCACCCUCCAAGAUCCAUGUGCUGCUGCUGGUGCUGCAUGGAGGCACCAUCCUGGACACAGGCUCCGGGGACCCCAACUCCAAGCAGGGUGAUGCCAACACCAUCGCCAACGUGUUCGACACAGUCAUGCGUGUGCAUUACCCCAGCGCUCUGGGCCACCUUGCUAUCCGCCUGGUACCGUGCCCUCCCAUCUGUGCUGAUGCCUUUGCCCUUGUCUCCAACUUGAGUCCCUACGGCCAUGACGAAGGCUGUCUGUCCAGCAGUCAGGACCACAUCCCCCUAGCUGCCCUGCCCCUGCUGGCUACUUCCUCACCUCAGUACCAGGAGGCAGUUGCCACGGUGAUUCAGCGGGCCAACCUUGCCUAUGGGGACUUCCUUAAGUCCCAGGAGGGCAUGACCUUCAAUGGGCAGGUCUGCCUGAUUGGGGACUGUGUUGGGGGCAUCCUGGCAUUCGAUGCCUUAUGCUACAGCAGCCAGCCCGUGUCGGAGAGUCAGAGCAGCAGCCGGCGGGGCAGCGUGGUCAGUGUACAGGACGCUGACCUGCUGUCCCCGGGCAUCCUGGUGAACACAGCACACUGCUCUGGCGGCGGUGGCAGUGCCUCCAGCCUAGAGAGCAGCCGGCACCUCAGCCGCAGCAACAUCGACAUCCCCCGCGGUGAUGGCACUGAAGACUCCAAAAAGCAGCUGCCCCGCAAGCGGAGCGACUCCUCCACCUAUGAGCUGGACACCAUUCAGCAGCACCAGGCCUUCCUGUCCAGCCUCCACGCCAGUGUCCUGAGGAACGAGCCCAGCUCCCGCCGCUCCAGCAGUUCCACCAUGCUGGAUGGUGCUGGAGCCCUGGGCAGGUUUGACUUCGAGAUUGCUGACCUCUUCCUGUUUGGUUGUCCACUGGGGCUGGUUCUGGCCUUGAGGAAAACGGUCAUCCCUGCCCUGGACGUGUUCCAGCUGCGGCCAGCCUGCCAGCAAGUGUACAACCUCUUCCACCCUGCGGACCCAUCAGCCUCCCGGCUGGAGCCAUUGUUGGAACGGCGCUUCCAUGCCCUGCCGCCCCUCAGUGUCCCCCGCUACCAGCGCUACCCGCUAGGGGAUGGCUGCUCCUCGCUGCUGGUUGAGACCGUGCAGAGAAACCCUGAGCUGGUCCUGGAAGGUGGCCCCCUGGCCCCUCUCCCCCAAGGGGAUGGCUUCCUGGAAACCAGUAUCCCUGUUCCCGCGCUCACCUGGCAAGAUGGGCCCCGCCCAAGUCCGGGCUGUGCUGAGUCAGAUGCACUCCAGACCCACAACACGGUCUUCCAAGAGCAUGUGGCUCCUUCAUCACCUGGCACCGUUCCAACCAGCCGUGGCUUCCGCAGAGCCAGUGAAAUCAGCAUUGCCAGCCAAGUGUCAGGCAUGGCUGAGAGCUACACAGUGUCCAGCAUUGCCCAGAAAGCCCCCUCAUCGCUCAGCCACACCCCCAGUGUCAGGCGCCUGUCCCUUCUCGCCCUGCCCUUCCCAUCCCCAGCCACCCUUGGCUCUCAUCCCCAGGGCAGGCAGGCGAGCCCUAGCCUGGAGAGGGCCCCCUGCCUCCCUGACUUGGACGUCGGAGAAGUUGCUGCAAAGUGGUGGGGCCAGAAGCGGAUCGACUAUGCCCUGUACUGCCCCGAUGCUCUGACAGCCUUCCCCACGGUGGCCCUGCCCCACCUCUUCCACGCCAGCUACUGGGAGUCAACCGACGUGGUCUCUUUCUUGCUGAGACAGGUCAUGAGGCAUGACAGUUCCAGCAUACUGGAGCUGGAUGGCAAGGAGGUGUCCGUGUUUACCCCCUCGCAGCCGAGGGAGAAGUGGCAGCGCAAGAGGACCCACGUGAAGCUGCGGGUAAGGGUCCUUUGGGUGCCCAGACCCCAAGGCUGCCAGCUGUCUGUCCUAUUUAAUCCUUAUCAGAAGCCUGGUGUCACAAAGGAGGAGCCCAGCAGCAGAGGCACACCGUCUCUUCCAGCCUCCUGUGUGGUGGGAGAGGCCGGAGCUCUGAGCCCAUUUCACACACAAGGAAGCCCCGAGAUGCUCCUCCCCUGCCCAAGGCCCAGAGCCAGCUGGCCAAGCUCACUACUCAGGCCCAUGAGAGUGGGAGCUACCUCCAUGCCCACCCUAACCACUGUGCCACUCUCCACUCCCCAGAAUGUGACAGCCAACCACCGGAUCAACGAUGCGGUUGCCAACGAGGAUGGCCCUCAGGUUGUGACAGGCCGGUUCAUGUAUGGGCCCCUGGACAUGGUCACUCUGACUGGAGAGAAGGUGGAUGUGCACAUCAUGACACAGCCGCCCUCGGGGGAAUGGCUGCACCUGGACACACUGGUGACAAACAGCAGUGGACGUGUCUCCUACACAAUCCCUGAGACACAUCGCCUGGGGGUGGGUGUCUACCCCAUCAAGAUGGUGGUCAGGGGAGACCACACGUUUGCCGACAGCUACAUCACUGUGCUGCCCAAGGGCACAGAGUUUGUGGUCUUCAGCAUCGAUGGCUCCUUUGCCGCCAGUGUGUCCAUCAUGGGCAGUGACCCCAAGGUGCGGGCCGGGGCUGUGGACGUGGUGCGGCACUGGCAGGAUUUGGGCUACCUCAUCAUCUACGUGACAGGCCGACCUGACAUGCAGAAGCAGCGAGUGGUGGCGUGGCUGGCCCAGCACAACUUCCCCCAUGGCGUGGUAUCCUUCUGUGAUGGCCUGGUGCAUGACCCACUGAGGCACAAGGCUAACUUCCUGAAGCUCCUCAUCUCGGAGCUGCAUCUGCGUGUGCACGCGGCCUAUGGCUCCACGAAGGAUGUAGCGGUGUACAGCUCUAUCAGCCUGUCCCCCAUGCAAAUCUACAUUGUGGGCCGGCCCACCAAGAAGCUGCAGCAGCAGUGCCAGUUCAUCACGGAUGGCUAUGCAGCCCACCUGGCCCAGCUCAAGUACAACCAUCGCGCAAGGCCAGCCCGCAACACCGCCACCCGCAUGGCACUGCGCAAGGGCAGUUUUGGCUUGCCCGGCCAGGGUGACUUCCUGCGCUCCCGGAACCACCUACUCCGCACCAUCUCAGCCCAGCCCAGCGGGCCUAGCCACCGGCAUGAGAGGACACAGAGCCAGGCGGAGAGCGAGCUGCGGGGCCAGCGCAGCAUGAGCAUGGCAGCCAGCUGCUGGGGUCGUACCAUGACUGGCCGGCUCGAGCCGGGGGCAGCCACAGGCCCUAAGUAGGGCACUGUUACAUGGCGCUGUGGUCUCCAUGGUGCUAGGCCAGGGUGCCAGCUCCACUGGGAGGCCUGGCCUGGAAGCUGGCAGGCAGCUGGGAACAAGCACAUUUGUGGCCUGGGAGCUGGUUCCAGGACCCCUUGGGGAUACAGCCAUGCCACAGUCCUCUCAGCCAUGCCUCAUCUUAGGGUGUGUGGAAGCUGGCAGGACACCCACUUAGCCUGGCCUGGGAGGCCGCCCUGAACAUCCUGCUGUGCAUAGAGCUCCCAGCCUCCUAGGGCCAGCUGUGGGCCAGACUCAGCCUCCACCUCCCUUCCCCCUAGCGCCCCCACCCCUGGGGCCCCUCCCAUUUGGGAGCAGCUCCAACAGGGGUCCAGCCUGCUUUCUGUUGACUCCAGUUUCUCAACUGUUCAACCUCACUGGUUUUGCACUGAUUUUUGAGUGGAGACCCCUUGCCAUCUCUGACGGCUACAGAUUUGUUGACAUGCAUGAAAAUUCAGUACUUGCUGACCCAGGACUUCUUACAAUACAGAAGGCCCCAGCGUGGCAAAUCUACAUGCAAGCAGGAGAGAAAGGCCAUAUCUUACUUUCUGCAGCCCUGGACUGCUGCCCACCACCCCCUGCCUCAUGUGCAGCUGGGUCUGGUCGCAGGGCUGGUGCACAGCACAGGCCCAGUGCCCAUGAUGUCUAUAGCAGGCUCCCAAGAAGCCUCAUGCUGGGCUGCAGGGCCCGGCCUCCACCUCUGCUCCUUGCCUGCCACUGGCCAAGGCCCCAUGCCAUGGCCCACCCGCCCGCGUUUCUACGCCUUUCUACUUCUCAAUCUGAUUUCUAUAAGGUUUUUUUAAUGAGCAA